CCUUGUCAUCGCCGUCGCCGCCACUUUUUUUCUUCUUCUUUUCUUUCAUUUUUUAUUUAUUAACACAUUUGAUAUUUUGGGUUACGUUGUGUAUCUUUUAAUCCUUCCUCUUUUUCCAUCAUUUCUCUUUCGCCGCGGAAUCCGUGUAACAUCGGAAUCCGCAAUGGAAGAUGAAUAGCAUAAUCCCUUCCUUCCGCUACUUACCUUCCUCCUCCCCUCCUCCUCGACCACCUUCCACCGCCAACGCUCCUACCGACUUCUUCCUCCUAUGGCGCUACCAAAUCCUCGACCCGGACAGCGACAUUGUUUCCUACUGGAACCAUGUGUUCUUGGUCAUUUGCAUUAUGUCACUCUUCAUAGACCCUCUCUACUUCUUCCUCCCUUACGUUGGAGGCCCUGCAUGCUUGAGAACCGACGCCAGCAUGGGGGUCAUCAUCACGGUUUUUAGGUCUAUGGCUGAUCUUUUAUACCUUUUAAACAUGCUAAUGAAGUUUAGGACUGCAUUCGUCGCACCGAAUUCUAGGGUUUUCGGAAGGGGUGAGCUUGUUAUGGAUGCGAGGGAGAUUGCCAUGCGCUACUUGAAGUCGGAUUUCGUCAUUGAUCUUGCAGCUACCCUACCACUUCCUCAGUUUGUCAUCUGGAUAGUUAUUCCAACCACACGAAACUCCAGAGCUGAUCAUGCCAACAACACCGUGGCUCUUAUUGUUCUCCUUCAGUAUAUUCCGAGGCUGUUUCAAAUUUUCCCUCUUAACCAAAAGAUCAUUAAAAGUACUGGGGUUGUUGCUAGGACUGCUUGGGCAGGAGCUGCGUACAAUCUCCUUCUAUAUGUACUUGCCAGUCAUGUAUUAGGUGCAAUAUGGUAUUUGUGUUCCAUCACAAGGCAGUUUUCCUGCUGGAAGAUGGAGUGUGCAAGAGAGAAUGCCUCUAAACUUCUUGCUUGCGUCCCAAGUUUCCUAGAUUGUAAUAGUUUGACAAAACCGGAGAGGCAAUAUUGGGUGAACGUCACUAAUGUGCUUCAUAACUGUGACGCAACGAACAGCCUUGUUGAUUUCAAAUUUGGAAUGUUCGCAGAUGCUUUUACUACUAAUGUUGCUUCCAAGAACUUUAUUGUAAAGUAUCUGUAUUGUCUUUGGUGGGGUUUAAGAAAUUUAAGUUCAUAUGGGCAGAAUUUGGAGACAAGCAUAUAUAUCUGGGAGAAUCUGUUUUGCAUUGUAAUAUGUAUUCUUGGAUUGAUUCUGUUCGCACUGUUGAUUGGCAACAUGCAGACUUCUUUGCAAUCAAUGACAGUCAGAAUUGAGGAGUGGAGGGUUAAACGAAGGGAUACUGAGGAGUGGAUGAGGCACCGUCAGUUACCUGAGAAUUUGCAGGAACGUGUUCGCCGGUUUGUUCAAUACAAAUGGCUUGCUACAAGAGGAGUUGAUGAAGAAUCUAUAUUGCAAUCAUUACCCUUGGAUCUCCGUCGUGAAAUUCAGCGCCAUUUAUGUAUUUCACUUGUUCGCCGUGUUCCAUUCUUCUCACAAGUGGAUGACCAAUUUCUUGAUGCCAUAUGCGAGCGUCUUGUAUCAUCUUUGAGUACUGAAGGCACUUACAUUGUUCGAGAGGGCGAUCUGGUCAAUGAGAUGCUAUUCAUCAUUAGAGGGCAACUUGAGAGCUCCACAACCAAUGGAGGAAGAUCAGGGUUCUUCAACUCCAUCACACUUAGACCUGGUGACUUCUGUGGAGAGGAACUGCUGACAUGGGCCUUGAUGCCAAACUCUAGUAGUCUGCCCUCUUCAACUAGGACCGUCAGAGCCCUUUCUGAAGUUGAAGCUUUUGCACUCCAAGCUGAUGACCUACAAUUUUUCGCACAUCAGUUCAAGAGGCUUCAAAGUAAGAAGCUCCAGCAUACUUUCAGGUACUAUUCUCACCAGUGGAGGACAUGGGGUGCAUGCUUCAUACAGGCUGCUUGGAGAAGGUUUAAAAAGAGAAAAAUGGCAAAGGAGUUGAUUACCAGAGAGAGAAGCUUCUACUACAGGUCAUUAUCUGACCAAGAGUGUUACUAUAUUGAUGACAUAGAAGAUGAGGAUGAGAACAUUGAGAGAACAUCCACAGAUAGCCCAAAUAAUGUUCAGCAUCUUGGAGCCACAAUUUUGGCAUCAAAAUUUGCUGCAAAUACUAGAAAAGGGUCUAACGAUAGAAAGGUUGCUGUGAUUGAUUCGUCUUCGAACAGUUUAAAGAUGCCCAAGUUGUUUAAACCUGAUGAGCCUGAUUUCUCUGUAGACCAUGAGGAUGGUUAGAUAGAGCAAGAAAACUAGUUAGAAAAUGUUCAUAACAUGGCUUGUGUAAAUCUUACUGGUAGAAUAGCAUUUAAAAUCACAUUCUUAACUCUUUAGUGUUGAUUUAUUCACU